GUCACUUCUAAAAUAGAUAGAGGAAAUAGAAACUACUCUCACACUUGCACAGGAGACUCACUCUCUGCUGUCUCUCCCAAGACGCAACCUCACUCUCUUUCUCUCCCAAAACACAACCUCACUCUCUUUCGCUCCCAAAACACAACCUCACUCUCUUUCUCUCCCAAGACUCACUCUCUCUCUGAAAUAGAAAAGAAAAUGGUGAAAACCGCGGUUGCACCGGAAAGUCGUGAUAUGGAUAGGUGGGAACCGAUAGUCCUCACAUUCGACUACGAAUGGCAUAAAUGCGGUCCGUGUGCGGAGCCUUGCAUUUUUCCUUACGGAUAAUGAUCAUCUCAGAAAACGGCGUUUACGUUUAUUUGUCUACCAUGUUGAAAAUCUGAUAGAGCUUUGAUAUUGAUUUCCACUCUCCUGUGGCUCUUGUAGUUCUUCCUACCUCUACUUGUUUUGGUGCAACAUCGUUGAUGUCUUUGUCACAAAUCCCACUGCUGUUGUUGCUACUCACCAUAUCGAAAUAAACGUUCCGGUCCUAGAUAAGCCGAGCGCGCAGGCUUUUGAAGCGUGGUGUGCUGCUUUUCGCCUGGCUCCCGAAGGGGGCACAUGGCAAUCAGGGGGCACACUAAGCCCUAAGCUCCUCCUCCUCUAAUCCCACUGUUGUUGCUGCUACUUCUGUAGUCCUUGCGGCAAAUGCUACGCACCGAUGACCCCCUGUAUGAGUCAGCGGGAUAAAGGCAUCCGAGCACACAAUCGCGUACACGAAGCUUAUGCUAGGGACGGCGUUUAUGGGAAAGGCGCGAUCUGCGUUAGCUUCGUGUGGGAAGAGACCGAGAAGGGAUUGAAAAUGGUACUCAUGAUGUCGAGGUAUUUUUUCUCCAUCUCAAGUACUGAAAAGCCUGUCCUCAUCUUUUCACAAUCUCAAUUUUUCGCUUUCGGCUUAGCAGAUGCUGUGACAGAAAUCGUGCUAAGCACAACAUUCUUUUUCUUUCCUAGUACCAUUCUAAUUUUCUUAUUGCAAUGGCAUAUAAAUUUCCACGCUCUGCUUCACCUCCACGACCGCUUCUUUUCCUUCUCAUCCUAAACCCAGAUCGAGAUCUUCCGCAACGUUGACGCCGCUGAGGCCUAUUACACGCACUUCAUGUCGGAUAAGGUUUUUGUCUUGAGUCUGCUGGCGAACUUGCCGUUUAGACAAAAAGCGGGACCGACUGCCGCUUGCUCAGACGGCAACGUCAAGGCCUACGUCACAGUCCCCUCAGGCGGAAUGGACCAAUUUUUCGAAAUCGGGAAGCAGACUUCACAGUAUUGAAAAUGUUAAACUGGAACCUUCUUCCUUCUACGACAUCAAUUAGUCCGUCCGUCAAGGGCCCUACAACUGCCUGACAGAUAACGUACAAGCAUUCAUGAAUUAUAGAAGUCAUUCGUUAUCUAUCCUCAUUCACCAAACCUGCACAAAGGUACAACCACCUAAAGGAUGGCAAGUGUCCAAUUGAAAAGUGGGAGACGGCGCCUUCGAAGGAGGAGCUAGAAGAGCAGUUUGGCAAGUUUCAUUUCGGGUUCAUCACCGAUUCAACGCUGGCGGAAACUGAUACAGGUGCCAAGCCUGGUGAUGCACCGCCACAGCAGACGAUGAAGUGA